CGAUAGCAUCACUACUUCAGCAUGCAAACAAUCGUUGAUGAUCUUGCACAAUCUCUCAUUCGUGUCUCAAACAAGAAAGAUAAAAGAGUCCUGGUAGGACUUUGUGGUACUCCAGGCAGUGGAAAGAGUCAAUUGGCUAAACAUGUAGUAGAGCGUAUCAAUGCAGUACACAAUGAUCAACAGAUAGCAGUCGUUGUUGGAAUGGACGGGUGGCAUCUGACAAGAGCGCAAUUAGCACAAAUGCCCGAUCCUCAGCUAGCCAAAGAUAAAAGAGGAGCAGCGUGGACAUUUGAUGAUCAGGCAUUCGCAGCGUUUGUGGAAGAUCUACACAACUCCGACAGCUCGAAAACGAUAUUUGCUCCCUCUUUUUCGCACACCAAAAAAGAUCCAAGCCCGAACGAUAUCGCCGUUCAUCCUUCCCAUCGAAUUGUCAUCAUUGAAGGUUUAUAUGCCAAUGUCGACGAAGGCGCUUGGUCUAAAGCGGCUGCAUUGUAUGACGAACGAUGGGUGAUUGAGUGCCCUGAACCUCUUGCAAGAGCUCGAUUGAUAGAAAGACAUGUGGUCACCGGUGUAGCCCAAUCAAAAGAAGAAGCUGAAUGGAGAGCCGAUAACAACGAUUUACCAAACGGACGUUAUCUUUUAUCUCACGUCAAACAACCCGCCAAACGCAUUUUGAGCACGGACGACAAAGAUUGGAGAGGAGAAGAAUGA